AUGUCCACAGAAUGUUGCGUAGGAUCCGGUCAUACGCUUACUCUAGGUCUAAAAAACACAUGGGCCGGCUGGGUGUACUCUCACAAUCUGGCGCAGGGCAAAUGGCGCUCUGGACUCCUGAACCUCAGUGGAUGGAAGCUGUUCUACUCAGGCGUCCAAAUCACGACUCGCGCUGAGGCCGGUGUUGACGUUCCGGUAGAACCCAACCUUGCCGAUAGAAUAAUCGAUCGGAAACCUAUCAGCGGAAAGCUCUAUGCGCCCAAUUUCGAAGGAGGAUAUGAGACCUUCGGUGAGGAAGUGCGUUGUGCUCUGCCCGAAGUGCCGAAUGCAGAGUCCCUCAUACUGAUGGGCGAUUUUAAUCCGCGGAGUAGACGUUGA